UUUCCACGGAAUUGGGCCCAUUUAUCGACUCAAUCGUUUGACAAGUCUUAUUCAGACUUUUUGGAAGAUUCAAUUCUCCCUGAGAUUGAUCGACAUUUCGAUGACGGGAACGUGCAUUUAUUGCAUGACAAUCAUCCCGUUCACAAAUCAAAUUUAGUCAGGGAUUGGAUUAACGAGAACAUCGGUCCCAUCGAGCACUUGGUUCUACCACAUCCAGGUCUUAGCCCUGAUCUGAAUGCGUGCGAAAAUGUUGGCGCAAUGAUUAAGAAUUUGGUUCGCACUGAGCGCCAGGCCAUUGAGUCAGAGGACCAGUUGUGGGAAGCG